ACCAAGUCGCCCUUCAUAGCUGACAAAGAAUGGCUCGAGGCGGACUACCUAUUGUCAAAUCGUUCUGGUUCUGUCUUCAGGGAUAAAGUUGUUCCUGUAAGCCUCGACUGGGGAAAAAAAAUAGGGAGAUGUGUGGAGCUAUUUAAUCCUUCGCAGACAACUUGUAAUAAGGAUCAAAUAUGUUUAAUACAAUUAAACUCUGGGGAUUAUUAUUGUGUUUGCGAUGACCAAAGGUCAGACUACUACCAAGGAUGUUCAGGUGACUUGAUUUGCAAUACAACGAGAAAUAGUAAUUGCUCUAAAUGUCCUGAUGGUUAUAGUCUUUCUCCUUAUAAGACAUUUCAAGAAUUUCAGUGCCCCUCAUCUAAAAGUUUAAAUCAACUCCUGAAAAGAAACGCUCGAGUCAAAUAUUCGAUAAUCAUAGGUUGCAGUGUUGCGGUUGGAAUGUUGCUACUUCUAAUUGGAGCAUGGUGGUUGUACAAGUUCAUAAAAAGAAGAAAAGCAGUCAAGUUGAAGCAAAUAUUCUUCAAAAGAAAUGGUGGCUUAUUAUUAAAACAGCGCUUGGCUUCCAAUAAUGAAGGAAACAUUGUGAAAACAAAAUUGUUUGCUUCAAAGGAAUUGAAAAAGGCCACCGAUAAUUAUAAUACCAAUCGUAUCCUUGGUCAAGGUGGUCAAGAUACUGUAUAUAAGGGAAUGUUGGCAAAAGGACGAAUAGUUGCAAUUAAAAAGUCCAAGAUAGUUGAUAAAAAGAAAGUUGAAGAGUUCAUUAAUGAGGUGGUGAUUUUAUCACAAAUUAAUCAUAGAAAUGUGGUAAAAUUACUAGGGUGUUGCUUAGAGACAGAAGUGCCUCUCUUAGUCUAUAAGUUCAUUCCUAAUGGAACUCUUUUUCAUCAUAUAAACAAGGAAAAUGAAGAGUUUCCAAUUACAUGGGAAAUGCGCUUACGUAUUGCCACAGAAGUUGCAAGUGCUUUGUACUAUCUGCAUUCAGGGGCUUCUAUACCUAUAUAUCAUCGAGACAUCAAGUCGACAAACAUACUUUUGGAUGAAAAAUAUAGAGCAAAAGUGUCCGACUUUGGGACUUCAAGAUCUAUUACAGUUGAUCAAACUCAUUUGACUACUCAUGUACAAGGGACUUUUGGAUAUGUAGAUCUAGAGUAUUUCCAAUCAAGUCAGUUUACAGAAAAAAGUGAUGCUUAUAGUUUUGGAGUAGUUCUUGCCGAGCUCUUGACUGGAGAAAAGUCCAUUCGUUCAACCAACAUUGAAGAGAAUAGAAGUUUAGUGGCAUAUUUUCACAGUGCAAUAGAAGAAAAUCGUCUAUUCGAAGUCCUUGACACUAGAGUUUUGAAAGAGGGUGGAAAAGAAGAGAUUAUGAAAUUUGCUAAUCUGACAAGAAGAUGCUUGAACCCAAAUGGGAAGAAGAGACCUACAAUGAGAGAAGUAGCAACUGAAUUAGCAGGGAAUAUUAGAGCAUCGGAUUGCAAAACUUUUGUUGUGCAAGACAACUAUAGAGAGAUUGAUUAUCUUGAUUAUGAGACAGCUAUUCUCUUCAGAACUGGUUCAUCUUCUAAUACUAGAUCGUCUUUUUGAUAGUGUCACUUUGAU